AUCCGCAUAACUUCUGAGAGUAGCGCAAUCGAAUCUGAACCUGAUCCUCCCAACAUGGACAUAUCAUGCGUGGACGAUGCUUCCUUCGGACCUAUUGUGAAAGGGUGCCGGGGGGAUUUUGAUUUUACGCUUAAAUUUGAGAAGAUCGUUCUCUCCAUACUGCCUUCCGUCAUAUUCAUUGCUCUAUCAAUCCCCAGAGCCAUCCAUCUUGCUCGGAAAAGACGGACGGUCGAUGGCACAGCCUUCCAGUGUGUUAAGCUUGCAGCAGCAGGGAUUUAUACAGCCUUUCAGCUUUCUCUGCUCAUUAUUGGCAGCGUCCACCCUUUUGGAUUGACUAAGCUAUCUACCGCAGCUGGGGCGUUAAGUUUUGUUGCGGCGUUAGUUAUCCCCAUGUUGAGCUUUUUGGAGCAUUCUCGUUCACCUAGGCCCUCAAUCUUACUCAGUAUCUUUCUUUCCUUGACUGUACUCUGUGAUAUUGUGCAGGUGCGCUCCCUGUGGCUACUGGUCCAUAACACUGACGGGCUCAACUAUGUGAAACUUUUCACUGUAGCCGUUGUCUGGAAGGCUGUUCUGGUCUGCCUCGAGUCAGUACACUGUCAAAGUUGGCUUGGAUGGGACUGGAAAUUACAUAGCCCCGAAGAAGUCAAUGGGCUUUAUGGGCUCGGAACCUUCCUCUGGCUGACACCCCUUUUCAUGUCGGGGUACAAAAAGGUUCUGAACUUAUCGGACCUUUUCCCUCUAGACAAGAGUGUUUCGGUGGAGGCUCUGAAAACGUCAUUUGCCCACAAUAUUAAGCACACUGGUUUCCAGGGAGACAAGAAUGGCUUGACGAAAGCGCUCGCUCGCACUUUGGCAGUUCCCAUUCUAAUGCCAGUUGUUCCUCGCAUCGCUAUGCUAGGAUUUACGAUCUGCCAGCCCUUUCUCAUUCAAGCAAUCUUGGACUAUCUCGAAGAACCCAGCAACAGCUUGACUGUCAAUAAGGGCUACGGCUUGAUUGGUGCCACAGUAUUGGUUUACACAGGAAUCCCAUUCUCCACUGCUCUCUAUUGGUAUCUACACGAGCGAGCCUUAUUCAAGACAAGAGCAUGUUUGGCUUCUGCGAUAUAUCGCCAGACAGUCCGGGCACAUGCUUCCAAUGCAGAUGACGCAGCAGCUGUCACGCUUAUGAGCACAGACGUUGAAAGGGUUAGAAUGGGGUUGAUGCAACUUCACGAGUUUUGGGCAACCCCAGUUCAGGUAGGUAUCGCCUGUUGGCUACUCCAGCGGCAGCUUGGGACAGCAUUUGUGGCCCCAUUGGUCAUCGUCUUCAUUUGUGUCAUUUCAUCCAGCAUCAUUAUACGUUUUGUUGGACCUAGCCAAACGACUUGGAUGAAAAGUAUUCAGAAGCGGGUCGGUCAUACCGCAAACGUCAUCGCUAACAUGAAACAUUUGAGAAUCUCUGGGUUUACAAAGCCCGUGGAAGAUACCAUUCAGAUGCUGCGUGUUGAGGAGUUAAAGACCGGGAGCAGAUUUCGAUCCUUUCUGGUGGGCUCCGUGGGUAUUGGAUUCUUACCCUUGCUCCUAGGUCCUGUUUUUACAUUGGCCCUCACGUCACGCGAAUUAAAUGUCACGACAAUCUACACCUCGGUCUCUUGGCUCCAGCUUCUCUCAACCCCAUUGUCCGUGCUGUUUCAAACCGCCCCUCAGUUGAUUGCAGCAAUCUCGUGUAUAUCGAGAAUACAGCUGUUUCUCGAGGAAGAGCCAAGAAAAGACUUCCGCCGACUGGCCGGGACAUAUGGAUCGUCUGAGAAAGGGGAUUCGGUUGGAAAUUUGCCGUCAGUUGUUGAGGUCAAAGACGCAGGUUUUGGCUGGGACAAGAGUGCAUUGACUCUGAAGAACAUCGAUUUUUCCUUGUCACAGGGGUUGACAAUGGUUAUUGGUCCCGUUGCCUGCGGAAAGUCAACAUUGUGCAAAGCAUUGCUGGGAGAAACACCUGUUGCAUUCGGGGACACGUUUAUACGAACCAAGUACCCCAAUAUUGGAUUCUGCGAUCAAAUUCCCUUUCUACCCAACGAGCGGAUCAAGGAUACUAUCAUAGGUUUCUCGGACUUCGAUGAGAAAAGAUAUGCCGCUGUCAUUGAAGCAACCAUGCUCUCUCGGGACCUUCUUCUUCUUCCUACAGGAGAUCAAACAAAGAUCGGUAGCGGUGGAAUCUCUCUCAGUGGUGGACAGAAACAGCGUGUUGCACUUGCAAGAGCAUUGUAUCUCCAAUGCGACAUGCUUAUUCUCGACGACCCUCUUGGUGGUCUCGACGCCACUACAGGAGAACGCAUUUUUCAUAAUCUCUUUGGCCCUACAGGCAUCCUCAGGGAAAGACAGGCAAUUGUGGUACUUUCCACAAACGCCACUAGAUAUUUGCCAUCAGCUGACUAUAUCAUUGCGCUGGCAAAUGAUGGCACUAUUGUGGAAAAAGGUCGAUUCUGCGACCUCGUCACAAAUGAACAAUAUGUCCACAGUCUCGGAUUCCAGGUCGACGCGAAGGGUAUUCGUGAUCCAGCAGCAACCAAAUUCCGACCUGAAAUCAAUGCUGAAGAGGAGUCACCUGAAUCGCCUAUUGUUGGCAUCAAUGAAUGCACCGAUAACACCGAUAACAGCGAACUCAACAGGGCCAUGGGUGACUGGUCUGUUUUUUCAUACUACUGCAAAAGUAUUCGCCCUUUUUGGGUGAUCAGCUUCGUGGUAUUUGGUAUCCUUACCGGAUUUCUGUUCAACUUCCCUACGAUCUGGUUAGGUUAUUGGAGUGCGGAUUCUUUCAACCAGUCAAAAUCUUUCUACGCCGGGAUCUAUGGUCUUUUCCAAUGCCUCGCUUUGGUCUCAAUUCUCAGUGAGGCAUCCAUUGGCCUGCUCAUCAUCAUUCGCGAUUCUGGGUCGCGUCUACACGAAGCAGCUUUGCGAACAGUGAUUUCUGCCCCGCUGCGAUUCUUCUCUCAGACGGACACAGGCAUCAUCACCAACUUAUUUUCCCAGGACAUGACACUUCUCGAUGGGGAGCUUCCAUUAGCUUUAAUCAACACUUCGCUGGAGAUCUGGAUAGUGAUAGGAAGUGCGGCAGUAGUCGCAUCAUCAUCUGCCUAUAUCGCCAUUGCGUAUCCUUUCCUUCUAUUGAUCCUUUACGGGGUUCAAAGGUUUUACCUUCGAACAUCUCGUCAGCUUCGGCUCUUAGAUUUGGAGGCAAAGAGUCCGCUCUACACGCAUUUCCUGGAUACAGUCAAGGGCUCAAUGACCCUGCGUGCUUUCGGUUGGACAGAGGAUUCCAUCCUCUUCAACAAUGUUCUUUUAGACACUUCACAGCGCCCAGCUUACCAGCUGGGCAUGAUACAGCGAUGCUUGUCCUUCGUGCUCGACAUAGUCGUGGCAGUUAUUGCACUGCUAGUGGUCAUUCUUGCUACUCAGCUUCGCCCCAGUACUGGCUUGACUGGUGCCAGUUUGGUGUCAAUUAUGAGCUUUGGUUCAACUCUGGCUUACCUGAUACAGAUGUAUACGUCGUUGGAGACCUCAAUUGGAGCUGUCUCCCGUAUAAAGUCCUUAAGUGAUAAAACCGCCCCAGAGGAUUUACCCGGCGAGGAUACCCAACCCUCUAUCACAUGGCCAGAGAGGGGCAUCAUCACAGUGAAGAACAUCUCUGCAUCCUAUAGCGGUCCGGAAUCAGCCGAGAACUCAGAACCGAGCAACCUUGCUCUCCGGGACCUCUCAUUUACCAUACCAGCGGGACAGAAAGUAGCAAUCUGUGGAAGAACUGGAAGUGGAAAAUCCUCCACCGUUCUCCUGCUGCUGCGUCUUUUAGACCCACUUUCUUCAUGUACUGGGGAGCUCUCUAUCGAUGGCAUCUCACUCUUGAAAAUUGACCGCUCCACUUUACGCCAAUGUAUCAUCGCGGUACCUCAAGAUCCAACAUUCUUCCCGGACCGCACUACCUUCAGAAAAAAUCUCGACCCCUUCGACGCGGCAACAAACGACGAGUGCCACUCGGUCUUGAAGACAGUAGGGCUAUGGCCCUUGGUGUCUGACCGCGGGGGACUCGAGGCCGGGCUCACCGCCGACAUGCUUAGCCACGGUCAAAAGCAGCUAUUCAAUCUGGCAAGGGCAGUCUUACGCCGGCGAGUUCGUGCUCACCAAAUCGAUGCCGAAGUAGGGGAUGCGUAUAUGGAUGCAUCUACCUCUGCACUUUCGGCAUUGGGUGGCGGUGUUCUUAUUCUCGAUGAGGUCAAUAGCAGUGUGGAUGCUGAGACACAGAAGACCAUGCGGGAUAUCAUAUGGAGCGAGUUUGAAGGAUACACAGUGAUCAUGGUCAGCCACCGACUUGAUAUUGUUAUGGAGUUUGACAAGGUUCUGGUCAUGGAUGGUGGCAGGCUCGUGGAAGAGGGUUCGCCGAGGGAGUUGAUCAAGGAAGAAAGGAGCUGGUUCAAAGACCUAUGGAUGGCUGGGAAAGAGUGA